ACAAGGCUCAGGGAGGAGAUGGUUUGGCUCAGUAGUAGCUGAAGUGGACUAGUUUUCUUAGCGGAGGUGCGGAGUUUUUGAUUCAGGACUGGUGUAAGGGGGGCUACUGAAUGGGAGCAGUCAGUGGAUUCGUGUGAUACCAACGCAAGCCACCCAGACUACCUACUACUGCCCAUCAGUUUGACUUUUUGGGCAUUUAGGGCACACAAAGAAGAACACCACCUUUAUCCUCUUGUUGUCCCCUUCCCCUUUCCUUCCUCGCGGACUCUUCAGGCAGAGAAACCCUCCAGAAAUGGCUCAGAUACUGCCGAUACGAUUUCAGGAGCAUCUGCAGCUGCAGAACCUGGGCGUAAACCCAGCCAACAUUGGGUUCAGCUAUCUGACGAUGGAGUCGGACAAGUUCAUCUGCAUCCGUGAGAAGGUGGGCGAGCAGAACCAGGUGGUGAUUGUGGACAUGUCGGAUCCCACCAACCCAAUCAGGAGACCGAUUUCUGCCGACAGUGCCAUCAUGAACCCCGCCAGCAAAGUCAUCGCCCUCAAAGCUGCCAAGACGCUGCAGAUCUUCAACAUUGAGAUGAAGAGUAAGAUGAAGGCUCACACCAUGUCAGAGGAGGUCAUGUUCUGGAAGUGGAUCUCUGUAAACACCGUGGCUUUGGUGACAGAUACUGCCGUCUAUCACUGGAGCAUGGAGGGGGAUUCCCAACCGACUAAAGUAUUCGAUCGGCACGCCAGUCUGGCCGGAUGUCAGAUCAUUAACUACAGAACUGACGAACAACAGAAGUGGUUACUGCUGAUAGGGAUUUCUGCACAGCAAAACCGUGUGGUCGGAGCAAUGCAGCUGUACUCCGUUGACAGGAAAGUGUCCCAGCCCAUCGAGGGCCACGCUGCUGCCUUCGGGGAGUUCAAAGUGGAGGGAAAUGCCAAACCUUCCACUCUCUUCUGUUUUGCUGUGCGCUCACAGGCUGGGGGAAAGUUACACAUCAUCGAAGUUGGUCAGCCAGCUGCAGGAAACCAGCCAUUUGCUAAGAAAGCUGUGGAUGUGUUUUUCCCACCAGAGGCCCAGACAGACUUUCCUGUUGCUAUGCAGAUUGGUAGUAAGCAUGGCGUAAUAUACUUGAUCACAAAGUAUGGUUACAUUCACCUGUACGACCUGGAGUCUGGAGUGUGUAUUUACAUGAACCGAAUCAGUGCUGAGACCAUCUUUGUAACUGCUCCUCACGAAGCCACUUCGGGAAUCAUUGGUGUCAAUAAGAAGGGACAGGUUUUGUCAGUAUGUGUGGAAGAGGAGAACAUUGUAAACUAUGCCACCAACGUGCUGCAGAACCCUGAUCUCGCCCUGAGGAUAGCUGUCAGGUCAAACCUUGCUGGGGCAGAGGAGCUUUUUGCUAGGAAGUUCAACACUCUGUUUGCGCAGGGAAGUUACUCAGAGGCUGCGAAGGUUGCUGCAUCAGCACCCAAGGGUAUCCUGCGAACAGCAGAAACCAUCCGCAAGUUUCAGAGCGUCCCGGCCCAGCCGGGUCAAGCCUCUCCACUGCUGCAGUACUUUGGUAUUCUUCUGGACCAGGGCCAGCUCAACAAGUUUGAGUCUCUGGAGCUGUGCAGGCCUGUCUUGCAACAGGGCCGCAAGCAACUACUGGAGAAAUGGCUGAAAGAGGACAAGCUGGAGUGCUCAGAGGAGCUGGGAGACCUGGUGAAGGCCUCUGACCCCACUCUUGCUCUUAGUGUGUACCUCAGAGCAAAUGUCCCCAACAAGGUCAUUCAGUGCUUUGCAGAGACUGGCCAAUUCCAGAAGAUAGUGUUGUAUGCUAAAAAGGUGGGAUAUACCCCAGACUGGGUGUUUCUGCUGCGGAAUGUGAUGCGUGUGAAUCCAGACCAGGGUCUGCAGUUUGCUCAGAUGCUGGUCCAGGAUGAGGAACCGCUGGCCAACAUCAACCAGAUUGUUGAUGUGUUUAUGGAGGGUAGUCUGAUCCAGCAGUGCACCUCUUUCCUAUUGGAUGCUUUAAAGAACAACCGCCCAGCAGAAGGUCACUUGCAGACACGUCUGCUUGAGAUGAACUUAAUACACGCCCCCCAGGUAGCAGAUGCAAUCCUUGGGAACCAGAUGUUCACGCACUAUGACCGUGCCCAUGUUGCUCAGCUGUGUGAGAAGGCAGGACUACUACAGAGAGCUCUUGAACACUACACUGACCUGUACGAUAUCAAACGAGCCGUGGUUCAUACACAUCUGCUCAACCCUGAGUGGCUGGUGAACUUUUUUGGCUCCUUGUCAGUUGAAGACUCUUUAGAGUGUUUAAGGGCCAUGCUGUCGGCUAAUAUCAGGCAGAACCUGCAGCUGUGUGUCCAGGUAGCAUCUAAAUAUCACGAACAGCUGGGAACUCAAGCGUUAGUGGAGCUUUUUGAAUCCUUCAAGAGCUAUGAAGGCUUGUUUUACUUCCUUGGGUCGAUUGUGAAUUUCAGCCAAGAGCCCGAUGUUCACUUUAAAUACAUCCAGGCUGCCUGUAAGACCGGCCAGAUCAAAGAAGUGGAGAGAAUCUGUAGAGAAAGCAACUGUUACGACCCAGACAGGGUUAAAAACUUUCUCAAGGAAGCAAAGCUAACGGACCAGCUUCCUCUUAUCAUUGUUUGUGAUCGCUUUGACUUUGUCCACGACCUAGUUCUCUACCUUUACCGCAACAGUCUGCAGAAAUACAUUGAAAUCUAUGUACAGAAGGUCAACCCCAGUCGUUUACCAGUGGUGAUUGGAGGUUUAUUGGAUGUGGAUUGUUCUGAGGAUGUUAUUAAGAACCUGAUCAUGGUGGUCAGAGGGCAGUUUUCCACUGAUGAGCUGGUGGACGAGGUAGAGAAAAGGAACAGGUUGAAACUUCUGUUGCCAUGGCUGGAGUCUCGUAUCCAUGAAGGAUGUGAGGAGCCAGCUACCCAUAACGCCCUGGCCAAGAUCUACAUUGACAGCAACAACACACCCGAGCGCUUCCUGAAGGAGAACCCGUUCUAUGACAGCGCCGUGGUUGGACGCUACUGUGAGAAGAGAGACCCCCACCUGGCCUGUGUGGCUUAUGAGAGAGGGCAGUGUGAUCUAGACCUCAUCAAAGUGUGCAAUGAGAAUUCAUUAUUUAAGAGUGAGGCUCGAUAUCUGGUACGGCGGAAAGAUCCAGAGCUUUGGGCGACUGUGUUAGAAGAAAACAAUCCUUUUAGAAGACAGCUCAUCGACCAGGUGGUGCAGACAGCUCUGUCAGAAACCCAAGACCCAGAGGAGGUGUCGGUCACAGUGAAAGCCUUCAUGACUGCAGACCUGCCCAAUGAGCUGAUUGAACUUCUGGAGAAAAUCGUACUUGAUAAUUCAGUCUUCAGUGAACACAGAAACCUACAGAACUUGCUUAUUUUGACGGCCAUCAAAGCAGAUCGCACUCGUGUGAUGGAGUACAUUAACAGGCUAGACAACUACGAUGCUCCGGAUAUUGCAAACAUCGCUAUCAGCAACGAGCUCUUUGAAGAGGCAUUUGCUAUUUUCAAGAAGUUUGAUGUGAACACCUCAGCCAUACAGGUACUGAUAGAGCACAUAGGGAACUUAGACCGUGCCUAUGAGUUUGCGGAGCGCUGUAAUGAGCCUGCAGUGUGGAGUCAGUUAGCAAGAGCCCAGCUGCACAGAGACCUGGUCAAGGAAGCCAUUGAUUCAUACAUAAAAGCCGUUGACCCGUCAGCAUACAUGGAGGUGGUCAACGCAGCCAGCAAGAACAAUAACUGGGAGGAUUUGGUGAAGUUUCUACAGAUGGCUCGGAAGAAAGCCAGAGAGUCUUACGUGGAAACGGAGCUGAUCUUUGCUUUAGCUAAAACUAACCGUCUGGCUGAGCUGGAAGAAUUUGUCAGCGGGCCCAACAAUGCUCACAUACAGCAGGUGGGCGAUAGAUGUUAUGAGGAGGGUAUGUACGAAGCAGCCAAACUUUUGUAUAACAAUGUGUCCAACUUUGCUCGACUUGCAUCCACAUUAGUCCACCUGGGAGAGUACCAGGCAGCUGUGGACAGCGCCAGGAAAGCCAACAGCACACGGACAUGGAAGGAGGUAUGUUUUGCAUGCGUGGACGGCGAAGAGUUUCGUCUGGCACAAAUCUGCGGCCUUCACAUUGUGAUCCAUGCUGACGAGCUGGAGGACCUUAUCAGCUACUACCAGGACCGCGGGUACUUUGAGGAACUCAUUGCUCUGCUCGAGGCUGCUUUGGGUCUGGAGCGGGCCCAUAUGGGUAUGUUCACCGAGCUCGCCAUCCUGUACUCAAAGUUCAAACCUCAGAAGAUGAGGGAGCACCUGGAGCUCUUCUGGUCCAGAGUCAACAUCCCAAAGGUUCUUCGUGCUGCAGAGCAGUCUCAUUUAUGGGCAGAGUUGGUUUUCCUUUACGAUAAAUACGAGGAGUAUGACAACGCUGUCAUCACUAUGAUGACUCAUCCGACUGACGCAUGGAAAGAAGGGCUUUUUAAAGAUAUUAUUGCAAAGGUUGCCAACGUGGAGCUCUACUAUAAGUCUCUAUCCUUCUAUCUGGAUUACAAACCCCUCCUACUGAAUGAUCUGCUGACCAUUUUGUCUCCUCGGUUGGACCACAGCCGGACUGUCAUCUUUUUUAGCAAGAUGAACCAGCUGAAGUUGGUCAAGCCUUACUUGAGGUCUGUGCAGAAUCACAAUAACAAGUCUGUCAAUGAAGCUCUUAACAACCUGCUUACAGAGGAGGAAGACUACCAGGGAUUGAGAGCCUCCAUUGAUGCUUAUGACAACUUUGACACCAUCGGGUUGGCUCAGAGGUUAGAAAAGCAUGAACUGAUUGAGUUCAGGCGUAUUGCUGCUUAUUUGUAUAAGGGCAACAACCGCUGGAGACAGAGCGUGGAGCUUUGCAAGAAGGACAAGCUAUACAAGGAUGCCAUGCUGUAUGCAGCGGAGUCUAAGGAUGCUGAGCUGGCAGAGACUUUACUCCAGUGGUUCCUAGAGGAGGGCAGGAAGGAGUGCUUUGCUGCCUGCCUGUUUGCCUCCUAUGAUCUCCUGCACCCUGACGUGGUGCUGGAGCUGGCCUGGAGGCACAACAUAAUGGACUUUGCCAUGCCGUACUUUAUCCAGGUCAUGAGAGAGUACCUCACGAAGGUUGAUGAGUUUGCAGCGAAGGUGACGGUGGACAAACUGGAGGAGGCCGAAAGCCAAAGAAAAACUGAAGAGGAAGUGACAGAACCUCAGCCGAUGGUGUUCGGUCAGCAGCUGAUGUUGACUGCCUCUCCUUCUCCAGUGGCUACCCAGCCAGCGUAUCCUGGCUACGGUUACCCUCCCGCUGCUGCCGCAGGCUACCCCGCUCAGCCCGCUUACGGCUUCAGCAUGUAGAUCCGCCAACUCGUCCUUCUCCUCCACCCCUCUUCCCUACACACAUCCACCCACCCUGAACCACACUGCUGCUCUGGGUUUCAACUGGCUGACUGGUGGCGUACAGCCUCCUGAAAUUUCGCUGGGCCUUCAUUUCCCAGUGAGGCUCCACGUGAAUUCACAGAAACUGCAAUAGAAACUUUGUCUCUAGUUUUUCCACACCCACUUUAGAACGGUGGCAUCAAGUCUGUCGGACCCCCCCCUGUUGUAUUUUCCACUCAGACAUUAUAACUGCAUCACUGAUCUACACGGCAUGAAGUCACCUCUCAGCUCCUUAGAGGUAUUAGCAUACUGAAGAUAACAUUAGUUGCGCCAAACCACUCUGUCAUGUUGCUGUUCCAUGUAGACUUUAUUAACCAUAGAGCAGCUUUUUUUUUCUGUUUUUUUUUUUUUUCUUUCUUUUUAAUUUUAGCACUGAAGAAGAGACUUUACUGCAGAGUUCAGGGGUACCUUACUCCUAAAGCACUGUCACAGCCUUACACAUUCUGAUGAGGCGGCAAAACGGGCUCAUUUGUUCAUGUUUAAUUUUGCAACUGUCUCAUGUUCUGAUUAGAAAGACAGUUACUGUGCAAUAGUUUUAUUUGUCCUUUCACAACAGGUACAAAUUGUUUGCUGUAUUAUGGACUAAGAACACUUAUUUUAUGAGGUUACAGUCUCUGUGUGCGUAUGUGUGUGUGGGAGUAUGCGUGUAGCCUCUAAAGCCUUUGGGGGUUUCGUCACCAAAAUCAAGACACACUCAAUGAUAUCUCCACUCCUUUGCAGCUGCAAACCUUUUGCUGGGUCAGAGCGGUUGAUCUCAUCAGUCGACUUUUUGGAGUUUCGGUAACGGUUGUGGCAAAAAGGCUGAAAGAAAGCAGGUGAAAAUGGAAAGGCGAAAUGUAGACUGUGCAUGUGCUGCCAAACUAUAAUGCUGCAACCAGGAGCACAAUUUUCAUGUUACACUCAAGUAUAUGAAGUAUUACUAAUGUUGAGUAAAAAAAAACAGUUAUGUAUGAUGAAACUUUCUGAUCCAACUAAUGAAAAAAACAAAAGUGUGGCGAAGCUCCAACACACUCGAGAUGAAAACAGGGGAAUGUUAGCUCACGUCCUGGUGCCGGCUGGUUCAAGUGUCAUUAUUGUACUGAAAACAGUGUAUAAUUUAAAUAUAUUGAAAUACCUAACUAAUCAAAGUAUUAUGGAAUAUGUAUUGUCUAUAGUGUGUUGUUGUAGUCUUAAAAAGCAUAAUGAUUUUUGUAAGAAAAUGACAAAAUGCAAAAACAGCAGAUGAAUAAACGCCAAAAUCUUGAGGUAAAGCUGCUCGAGGUAACAAAAGAUGAGUUAUUGACUUUAUUUCAUGUCAACGUCCCCAUGUGAUAAGCAGAGCUCUGGCCCGUCGUGGUCCCGGCACUGGAUUUGUCAAAGAUAAAAUGCAAAUAAUCUGAGCUGCACACCAGUUGCUUAUUUUAUCUGCACAAUUCAUGCAUACAGAAAGAGGAAUAAAGUUUACACACUGUG